ACCUCCUUCCCGCCUCCCCUCCCUCCCUCUCGCUCUCACACACUCAUGUGCGCGCGCACACACGCGCGCGCGCGUGCACACACAUUCUCAUUUCCCUCUCCAGUGGCAGCGGAUUGUUGGGCAUUCUCAAUCUCCCUCCCCCACCCCUUCAGCCAGUUCUUAAAGGAGCAAGCCGGCAAUCUUGGAUGGCGGGAGAAAUGGAGGAAAACUAAAUAUUCUCGUGUGUGUGUGUGUGUGUGUGUGUGUGUGUGUGUGUGUCGCGCAUACGCCCACACAAUUCUGUCCAUGUGGAAGCCUGUGUGUGUGCCUGUGUAUAUGUGUUACAUGUGCAGUACUGUGUGUGUGGGUCCUUUACUGUUUCUGUUUCCACCUAUGUGUCGCCAUGAUGUUGUGUGUGUCUUGCAUAUUUACCUAUGCAGUGUAUGUGACUAUAUUUCAGUAAGUCUCUGUGUCUCUCUGAAUGUAUGUGAGUCACUGGCUCUGUGAGGCUGUCUCCAAAUGUGGGACUAUCGUGAAGAUCCCUAUGGGUUGCGAAUGUAUGUCUCUGCAAGUGAGUAUCACGGUGUGAUUCUGGCUUAGUCUCUCACUUGCUCUUUGGGUCUUUGUGAGUUUAUUUCUGUGAGCCUCUGAGUCUGUGUCUCCCACAUGCCUUGGUUUAUUUGACACUGACUGAACGUCAGUCAACAAUGCUUAAGGGUGCUGGGCAAAAGGACUUCUGCCUCAGUCCUGACACUGUAGAUUCGAGAUAGCCAACAGAAAAGACUAAAGUUUCAGGAUUUGGGAGCUAUGAGGACCGAGGGGAGCUAUGAGGAAGGGAAUGAGAGGGUCUCAGGACCCUGACAAAUGGCUGGCUGCCCUGUUCUGCCUCGGGGUGAGGAGCCUCUCUAUGGGAUCCUUCGCCUAGCUGCUACUUUACAUUGCUGUGCCUCGCUGUCCCAGAAUGAGUUUAAGGAUCUUAACCAUGCCUGAUGUGGAGGUCCCUGUGUGGCUUUUCCAGGUCCCAGGGGCUAGGUAGCUCGUGUUCACACAGCAUGCAGAGUGACCUAAGCUCCGUUUCCAGUUCUCGCCACUACAUGCAACUCUGAACUCCAUUAGCCAUGGAGGUUUUGUUAGACAGGCUGGCACAAUAAACUAUCUCAGAGGUGAAGUUGGGGACUGUGGAGUUAUAAUGACAAAAUCUGGACACUGACAAUUCCCUUGGAUUUUUCCAACCAUGGCCAGGAACAUAGAAUGGUUCUGACUGGCAGUGGAGAUCAGCUCUGGGUCCCUGGAAGAUUGGGUAUAUGAAACCUCUCCUAACUCUAAAGGAAUAGCCCAAGCCUAGUAGGGCCCAAAGAUCUCCGCUGUAGCCCUCCCAGACCCUCCUGGAUGACUCAUACUUCCCUCUUUCCACAGGCCUGUCUGGCCCUGAGGAAGUUCCCUUUCUGAAGCUGUGGUGCUUGGACGACCUGCUCUCUCCGUGGCUGGGCACCUGUAGGUGUCCCUUGAGAGCUCAGUUUUGAGGUUCAAGUCAGUGUGGCCAUGAAGGGGCUGUCUGUUGGGCUGGUGCUGUGACCCUGGAGUCGGCCUCUCCUGCCAGUCCCUCUGCCCAGAACAUGUGGCUGCAGCUUGGCUCGCCCUUGCUGUCCCUGAGCCCCAAGCCCACUGUUGGCCGGAGCCUGUGUCUCAUCCUGUGGUUCCUCAGCUUGGUGCUGAGGGUCAGUGCCCAGGCCCCAGCACCCACAGUCAAUACUCACUUUGGGAAGCUAAGGGGUGCCCGGGUACCAUUACCAAGUGAGAUCCUUGGGCCUGUGGACCAGUACCUUGGGGUGCCCUACGCAGCUCCCCCAAUCGGCGAGAAACGUUUUCUGCCCCCUGAGCCACCCCCAUCCUGGUCGGGCAUCCGGAACGCCACACACUUUCCCCCAGUGUGCCCCCAGAACAUCCACACAGCUGUGCCCGAAGUCAUGCUGCCCGUCUGGUUCACUGCCAACUUGGAUAUCGUUGCGACUUACAUCCAGGAGCCCAAUGAAGACUGCCUCUACUUGAACGUCUAUGUGCCCACGGAGGAUGUAAAGCGGAUUUCCAAGGAAUGCGCCAGAAAGCCCAACAAGAAAAUAUGUAGGAAAGGAGGAUCCGGCGCUAAGAAACAGGGCGAGGACUUAGCGGAUAAUGACGGGGAUGAAGAUGAAGAUAUCCGGGACAGUGGCGCUAAGCCUGUCAUGGUCUACAUUCAUGGUGGCUCUUACAUGGAAGGGACAGGCAACAUGAUUGAUGGCAGUGUCCUCGCCAGUUAUGGCAACGUCAUCGUCAUCACCCUCAACUAUCGAGUUGGGGUGCUAGGUUUCCUGAGCACUGGAGAUCAAGCUGCCAAAGGCAACUAUGGGCUCCUUGACCAAAUCCAGGCCCUUCGCUGGGUGAGUGAGAAUAUUGCCUUCUUUGGUGGAGAUCCCCGCCGUAUUACUGUCUUCGGCUCUGGCAUUGGGGCGUCCUGUGUCAGCCUCCUCACACUAUCACAUCACUCUGAGGGGCUUUUCCAGAGGGCCAUCAUCCAAAGUGGUUCUGCUCUGUCCAGCUGGGCUGUGAACUACCAACCAGUGAAGUACACCAGCCUGCUGGCAGACAAAGUGGGCUGUAACGUGCUAGACACCGUGGAUAUGGUGGACUGCCUUCGACAAAAAAGUGCCAAGGAGCUGGUAGAGCAGGACAUCCAGCCGGCCCGCUACCAUGUGGCCUUUGGCCCUGUGAUUGAUGGUGAUGUCAUUCCUGAUGACCCUGAGAUCCUCAUGGAACAGGGCGAGUUCCUCAACUAUGACAUCAUGCUAGGUGUCAACCAGGGUGAGGGUCUCAAGUUUGUGGAAGGGGUGGUGGACCCAGAGGAUGGUGUCUCUGGCACUGACUUUGACUAUUCAGUCUCCAACUUUGUGGACAAUCUGUAUGGCUAUCCUGAGGGUAAGGACACCCUGCGGGAGACCAUCAAGUUCAUGUACACAGACUGGGCAGACCGCGACAACCCUGAGACCCGCCGUAAGACACUGGUGGCACUCUUCACUGACCAUCAGUGGGUGGAGCCCUCAGUAGUGACCGCGGAUCUUCAUGCCCGUUAUGGCUCACCAACCUACUUCUAUGCCUUCUACCAUCACUGCCAGAGCCUCAUGAAGCCUGCUUGGUCAGAUGCAGCUCAUGGGGAUGAAGUACCCUAUGUUUUUGGGGUCCCUAUGGUAGGCCCCACCGACCUCUUUCCCUGCAACUUCUCCAAGAAUGAUGUUAUGCUCAGUGCUGUGGUCAUGACCUACUGGACCAACUUUGCCAAGACUGGGGAUCCUAACAAGCCGGUCCCCCAGGAUACCAAGUUCAUUCACACCAAGGCCAAUCGCUUUGAAGAAGUGGCUUGGUCCAAAUACAAUCCCCGAGACCAGCUCUACCUUCACAUCGGGCUGAAACCAAGGGUUCGCGACCAUUACCGGGCCACUAAGGUAGCCUUUUGGAAACACCUGGUGCCCCAUCUAUACAACCUGCAUGACAUGUUCCACUAUACGUCCACAACCACCAAAGUGCCGCCCCCGGAUACCACCCACAGCUCCCACAUUACCCGCAGGCCCAAUGGCAAGACCUGGAGCACCAAGCGGCCAGCCAUCUCACCUGCCUACAGCAACGAGAAUGCCCAAGGGUCCUGGAAUGGGGACCAGGAUGCAGGGCCACUCCUGGUGGAGAACCCUCGUGACUACUCUACUGAAUUAAGUGUCACCAUUGCUGUGGGUGCCUCCCUGCUGUUCCUUAAUGUUCUGGCCUUCGCUGCCCUCUACUACCGUAAGGACAAACGGCGCCAGGAACCCCUUCGACAGCCUAGCCCUCAAAGGGGUGCUGGGGCCCCUGAGUUGGGAGCUGCUCCAGAGGAGGAGCUGGCAGCAUUACAGCUGGGCCCCACCCAUCAUGAGUGUGAGGCAGGUUCCCCCCAUGACACACUGCGCCUCACUGCACUGCCCGACUACACCCUGACGCUGCGGCGCUCCCCUGAUGACAUCCCACUCAUGACCCCCAACACCAUCACUAUGAUUCCCAACUCCCUGGUAGGGCUGCAGACGUUGCACCCCUACAACACCUUUGCCGCAGGAUUCAACAGUACUGGGCUGCCCCACUCACACUCCACUACCCGAGUAUAGCUCCAGCCUGGAGCACCACUCGUCUCUCACCCUCUCCCAAAUCCACAAACGCGCACACACACAUACACACACACACACACACAUACAGACAUGUGUACAAGCACGCACCCACACCCUACAGCAAAUCCACCUGCACAAACAGAUGUGGACAUGCACCUGCAUGUACAAAAACCUGAGCAAGCCCUUCAAAUGAGGACUCAAAAUAGUCCUUCGUAAACUGAGGGCUCAUGGACCAACAGCUGAGCCCGACCACAGACACCCCUGGAGGCCUGAAAGCAGUGGCUGGACACCCUCUUGGUGCUCGCCUCCAGCCUCUCUCGGAGCUGUACCACCAACCCACGCCAGACUUGGGAGCUUUAAGGAGCGGAGUAGCUCUUCCUCCCCAAGACUUGAUCUUUAUCUGGGUCUUGUUUGGUUUCGUUUUGUUUUAUUUUGGAGCAAAUGCUUCUCCAACUCAUGAGUGCAAAGAGGCUCUGGAACCCUCAGUGUUCACACAGUCAGACCAAGGAGCAGGACCCUCAAGAAAGAAACGUGUGAGCAAGACCAUGGAACGGAAGGAAGGAGGGGCCAACGAUGGGGCUGAAGGACCAUAGGAGAGAGCUCUCCAACCAGCUCUGCCCCUUUGAAGGGCUGUAGAAAUGGCAGGGUGAACUGCUUCCCACAGAGGCCAGCAGGAUUGUCCUGGCUAGAUCAAGGGACCCUACAUUUGGUCAACAUCGUUCUGAGGAGGUCCUUGGGCCCCUGGGUUCUGCCUCUGCCUUUGGGGUCAUGCUAUCAAAAAUUCACCCCAUUUUCUUUAUAGUCGCUUUUGUGUCUGUCAUUUCUCUUUCAAAAAGGCAGUAUUUUUUGUUGUUGGCUUUUUUUUUAUGAAAAGUUCUUAAAACACUAACGGAAACCCAUGGAGUUUGUCCUUUGUAAAAAUUUUAAACACCGUGUCUUGAUAUAAAAAUAAAAAAUCCAGUUAGCACUCCCAA